UGUGUCCGUCCGUGAGUGAGUGUAAGUAUGUAUGUAUGUGUGUGUGUGUGUGUGUAUGUGUGUGUGGAGCAGCUACCUCCAUAGUGAGAGUGUCGCUAACCACUGGACUGUGAAACGAGAAGUAAAAGGACAUCCACGGGAGGAUCUCGCUCUCGAGAAAUCGGAAGAUUAGUAGACAUAUAUUUUUUUGUUCUCAUUUUCCUCGGUACAGGUUGAAGCGGUGCAGCCGGUCCCGAAGCGAGCAGUAUGCAUUCAGACUGCAGGCUGCUAUGGGCAGAGCGGUAAUGGUGGGCAGGGGACCGACAGGGGCCGGGGUUCUCGUCCUGUCGAUUCUCAUCAUUCUCACCACGGAGAGCUGCCGAGCGCAGAAAGGUGAUGGCUGUGGUCCCAGUGUGCUUGGCCCCAGCAGUGGGACUCUGUCCUCUCUGGGUUACCCGGUGACAUACCCCAACAACACGGUGUGUGAGUGGGAGAUCAGUGUGCCGCGCGGCAACCGGAUCCACUUUCGCUUUGCCGAGCUGGACAUAGAGAACAGCGACUGCCAGGUCAACUACCUCCGCCUCUACAACGGCAUUGGACCCGAGAGGAGUGAGAUUGUGAAGUACUGCGGUUUGGGCCUGAAGGUCAAAGAGCUGAUCGAGUCCGCUGGCAACCAGGCCACUGUCCAGUUCAUGAGUGGGACCCACCACACCGGACGUGGAUUCCACCUGUCCUACGCCACCACUGAACACACAGAUCUAAUCACCUGCCUGGACAAAGGAACUGAUUUCCCAGAGGCAGAGUUCAGUAAAUACUGUCCAGCGGGCUGCCUGACAUCUACUGAGGAGAUUUCUGGAACUAUACCAAAUGGAUACAGAGAGUCGUCUCCUCUGUGCUUGGCAGCCGUCCAUGCAGGCGUGGUGUCCAACGCUGUGGGAGGGAGGAUCAGCGUGGUCAGCAGCAAGGGCAUCCCUCAUUAUGAGGGCUCACUGGCAAACAACGUCACUUCCACUGGAGGAACUUUGUCAAACAGCCUCUUCACCUUCAGGACCAAUGGCUGCUACGGGACGCUGGGAUUGGAGUCUGGUGGUGUUGCAGACACUCAGCUCUCUGCUUCAUCUGUGUGGGAGUGGAACAACGUCUUUGGUCAGCACAGUGAGUGGGUGCCAUCAGGGGCACGCCUCAAAAAGGCCGGGCUGCCCUGGGCGCCUUCUCAGAGUGACCAGCAGCAGUGGCUGCAGGUCGAUCUCAAGAGGGAGAAGAGGAUAACAGGCAUCAUCACCACAGGCUCUAACCUGAGAGAGUAUCAGUACUAUAUUUCAGCAUACCGGGUCCUGUACAGUAACGAUGGCCAGCAAUGGUACAUCUACAAGGAAACAAAUUCUACACAAGACAAGAUUUUCCAAGGUAAUAUCAACUACCUGCAUGAGGUGAGGAAUAACUUCAUACCUCCAAUUGAGGCCCGGUUUGUGAGGAUAAAUCCCACUUUAUGGCACCAGAGAAUCGCACUCAAGUUGGAGCUGCUCGGCUGCCAAAUUCCUGCAGUGAAGCCGGGGCGAAGGACUACACCCACUAUUCGUCAUAGUCCACCUCCUGUGGGUACAAAACGCCCACCUCACCUUGGCCAAACCACACACACCCCAGACAUAAGGAACACCACUAUGCCUCCCCACACCAGCAAAGAUGUGGCGCUGGCAGCAGUUCUGGUUCCGGUGUUGGCCAUGGUUCUGACUGCUCUCAUCUUGACUGUGGUUUGUGCUUGGCACUGGAGGAACAGGAAGAAGAGCUCUGAAGGAACAUAUGAUCUUCCUCACUGGGAUCGCACAGACUGGUGGAAGAGCAUGAAGCAGCUGCUGCCUUCUAAGAUGGUGGAGACUGAGGAUUCGGUUCGGUACAGCAGCAGCGAGGUGGGUCGGCUAACAGGGAGAGAUGCUGUACCGAGACUACAUGCUGAGCCUGCAGAAUAUGCUCAGCCGCUAGUGAGUGGUGUUACAACAUUAGGUGCACGUUCAACCUUUAAACCAGACGAGGGGCCUGACCCAGGAUACUCAGAUCCGGACCUGUACGAUGCCCCCAUCUCACCAGAUGUAUACCACGCCUAUGCAGAACCCCUGCCAGCUUCGGGAUCUGAAUAUGCCACACCCAUUGUGGUUGAUAUGGGUUGCCACCCGUCAGGGGGCUCCUCUUUGAACCAGCCCACCACUGUGUGUAGUUUCAUGGGGGCCGGGCCCACCUCCCUUCACACAGGGACAGACAGUGGCCAGUCAGGGAGGUCGGCGUACGAUACACCGAAGAAUGCCACUGGACAGGUCACACCCACUGAGGAUCUGACUUAUCAGGUACCUCAGAGUUGCACUCCGAAGCCAACGGGACAGAGCUGAAGAGUCGGGAUGCACAUGGCCUUAAUGUGGCCCAUUGCUCAGCACAACCCGACGGACAAAGAUGGAGGGUUGCUUAAGUGGGAGGAGGUGUGAACCUGCGAGUCCUGGGGACUGGGCUUGAGUCUUGAAUGAACACUACCUUAGCUUUAGAUUCAUCUGGAGAUGUCUGUAUUGCCUAAUUGUCUCUGCAUGGCCACAAUCUGCUUGUGUAGUGCCAUUACAGUCCUAUCACUGAAACCACAAAGAUGAAUGUGUUUGUGCCAGGUGUGAGAGUCGGAGGGAUGAAAAGGAGAAAGCUGACUACUAUUUGAUAAAGACUUUGUCCCUGUUCUGUGAUUCUUAGUAGUUCUUGCAUUCUGUGAAACUGUGAUCUCCAUUAUUCCAUUAUUAUUCUGUUACAUACUAAACCAGGUUUAACUGCAAUGUGCCUCAUGAUUUACUUUAAUCAAAUCAAAGGGUUCUCUUACUGAAUUAACUGCAUGUUGCAUUAAGUACCCCACAUUCAAGGUCAAAGAAUUUUUCCUUUCUAGAGAAACUCUAGUUUUACAUGGUACGUUUUGUCUUACUUUGUUUAAAAGCAUGACUUGAAAUUUUGUAUAGUUCUAGUAAUUCCAUUAUUGCAAAUCUGUUAAAACUCUCAAGUGACUUACUGAUAUUUAUUUUAUUUCACAUCCUGCUGAUAAGGAGAGACUCUCAUUCAAAAAUGCCCCACCACUACCCUCACUGACUACAGAUCCAAAAAUUGUGGUUGCACUGUUGUAGACACCUUACUUCAAGAGGCUUAAAGGGAGAACCAGUCAUCAGUGAACCUCCCAAAGAGAAAAUACUUUUUUUUAGUAUUGGAGACCAAAUGUUGCCUUUUCUGUGUUUAUGCAAUGUUGAUUCACAGCAGAUUUUAAUUUCACAAUCGUGCCAACUUUGCAGGUUUAGCCAACUAAACAUUAAAGCAGUCUUAAUAUAGGAGAAAAAAAAAAAACAUUUUUAAAAGACCUAGAGGAUUUUCUAGCAAAAAGGUACAGAGAGAGGAGGUAGAUUGGUAAAUCUG